CUAUUUUGCUUUACGUGUUUUUUCAGUAUAUUUACAAUGAAGCAGAAAUAGGAAGUCAAAAUCCCCAGACUCAUAAAUUUUAAUUGCGAGAACGAAAUUUCUCGUUAAUAUAAUUCUACUCUGAAAUUUAUCUCUCAUCAUUUUCAAGUUUUUUCAUUUUCCAAAAUGGAAAAUGUACAUAAAACUGCCACACGUCCAUGGAUUUCAAAACCACUAAGCGUGCAAAAAUUUUUGACAGAUUGGAUGGAAAUUUUAAAUUCCGAAACCGAAAACUUCCCCGAGUUAAAAAGUAUUAUGAGUGAAGAAGAGUUUUCUAAAGUUGAACAAGAAUGCAGUACUGCUGCCAUGAAGUGUCCAAAUCAGCAUGUUAUAGAAUUGUGCUCAGCAGACUUUACUGUACCUGAUGAUGUUGAUCUGGAAACAGUAAGACUUCAACAAGAAGAGUUAACAAGACGAAAAAAUGACCCACAGUAUGACGCUAUUGCUUAUAAUUCUAUAAGAUUUCACAAUUAUCCUCUUUAUCAGAACUCCAGGGGUACAAGUAAUUCGGAAAAGUUUGAUUUUGUUCCUGUCAAAGAGCCAGAUGUUGUCUUAACUGUCCAAAUAUUUCGUCCCGAAAAGCGAUAUUCAAGCCAUACUAAAAAUGCAUAUGCCAGGUUUCCUAUAUUUCAUGUUGAUCAAGAAUUUUUAAUACUUGGAUCUCAGUAUUUGACAGAAUUACGAGAUCGAAUACAAUGUGUUUCUGACAAGGCAAUUCCAGGAGAUUACAGUGAAAAUCCUUUUCAAAAUAUUGAAAUUACUUGUAAGGACUUGCAUAAAUCUGGUUUCUUUUAUAUUGAUGGGAUUUUCUAUAAUGAUAUGAGACAUCCUGAUUGUCGAGAUUAUAGCGAUAUAAUUAUGAAAUGGUCUGAAAGUGCCCAACGUGGUAUUGGGCCUUUUCAGAAGAGGUUGAUGGAAAAAACAAAAUUUAUAGAUUUAAACUUACAACUUGGAUAUCCUUAUGUAUAUGUUCAUCAAGGAAACUGUGAGCAUUUCAUCGUAUUCAGUGAUUUGAUGUUGUUUGGUUCCCAUCAUAACAAUAACAGGAACGAAUAUCCCCUGUAUACUGUACCAAAGCCAAAAAAAUGUGUUGUGUGUAUGGUCUGUCACAUUCAUAUUGCUGCGUGGAUAGUUUUCAAUAACCAGCGUGUUCCUGAAACACCAUUUUAUUUUUGCAAGUCCUGUUUUUUUAGCUUUAAUUAUGAUGAAGAUGGAAAAAAAAUUGGAGAAUUUGAAGCAUAUCAUCAUAUUGAUCGAAGUACCAUCCUAUGAAAGAUAUUAUUGUUUCAUCAUGUCCAUUAUUCCUUUUCAUUUAUUUAUUUUCUUUUUUCUUUUAAAGAAAUAUUGAUUUUGUAUAUAUUUUUUUUUCAUUGUUUAAAGAUUUUUCAUUAUUAAAUAAAUCCUCAUAUCUGUCAUUUUGUUUCAAACAUUGCUCAUUAUUUUGUAUGCUAUUAUUAGCAAUAAAAUUCUCAUUUUAACUUUA